GCGGUUCCACAGCCAUCGCAUUCAACCUGAUCGUCUUUUCCCUCCGUCCGCGCCCACCCGCCAUGUCCGUCUCCGCCUUCGUCUCCCUGGACCCCGCCGCCGCCCACCGCCAGCUCCUCCCCGCCGCGCGCCCCCGCCCGCCGGCGCCGCGCCUACGCCGGCUGGUGGUGCUCAGGGCCGCCUCCGUCUCUGCCGUCGCGGAGGAGUCCGCGGCCGCGCGGGGGCGGCUCGAGUGUCUCAGCCAGGUCGCCGGCGUGCUCGGCACGCAGUGGGGCGACGAGGGAAAGGGCAAGCUCGUCGACAUCCUCGCCCAACGCUUCGACGUCGUCGCCCGCUGCCAGGGAGGAGCUAAUGCUGGGCACACCAUAUAUAAUUCCGAGGGGAAGAAGUUCUCGCUGCACCUCGUUCCGUCGGGGAUCCUCAAUGAGAACACGCAGUGUGUGAUUGGUAACGGGGCGGUGGUUCACCUCCCUGGGUUCUUCAAAGAAAUCGACGGGCUGGAGUCCAAUGGAGUCUCAUGCAAGGGGAGAAUUCUGGUAUCAGACCGCGCCCAUCUUCUGUUUGAUUUUCAUCAAGUCGUCGAUGGACUUCGAGAGGUGGAGCUCGGGAAUUCCUUCAUAGGAACAACAAAGAGGGGGAUCGGACCGUGCUACUCGAACAAAGUCAUAAGGAACGGUCUCAGAGUCUCUGAUCUGCGGCAUAUGGACACCUUUGGUGCCAAGCUUAACACCCUGCUCAAAGACGCAGCGAUGCGCUUCAAAGGGUUUGAAUAUAGCAGCAAGACCCUCAAGGAGGAGGUCGAGAAGUACGAAAAGUUUGCGGAGCGUCUGGGACCUUACAUUACCGACACCGUGCAUUUCAUGAACGAGUCGAUCUUGCAGAAGAAGAAAAUAUUGGUUGAAGGUGGUCAGGCUACCAUGUUAGACAUUGACUUUGGUACAUAUCCAUUUGUUACUUCCUCAAGUCCUUCAGCGGGAGGAAUCUGUACUGGUCUCGGCAUUGCUCCAAGAACCCUCGGCGAUAUCAUUGGAGUGGUAAAAGCUUACACAACCAGGGUUGGAUCUGGCCCAUUCCCAACGGAGCUGUUGGGCAAGACCGGCGAUUUGCUCCGUGCAUCUGGAAUGGAGUUUGGGACCACAACAGGUCGGCCCAGGCGCUGUGGCUGGCUCGAUAUAGUCGCGCUCAGAUACUGCUGCCAAAUCAAUGGCUUCUCAUCCCUAAACCUGACAAAACUCGACGUGCUGACCGGGCUGAAGGAGAUCAAGCUGGGCACUUCAUAUUGCACCGAAGAUGGCAAAGCGAUCGAAUCGUUCCCGGCAGACCUCGACAUCUUGGAGCAAACGAAGGUCAAAUACGAGGCGCUGCCUGGGUGGGAGGAGGACAUUUCCUCGGUGCGGGACUACGACGAUCUCCCGGAGACCGCUCGUCUGUACGUGGAGAGGAUAGAAGAGUUGGUUGGUAUUCCUGUCCAUUACAUCGGUGUUGGACCUGGCCGGGAUGCCCUUAUAUACAAAUAGAGGAUUUUUUCAGACAUGUCUCUUAUUAUUUAUAAAAGAUCCGCAUUUGGGCAA